AUGAUUGUGGUGGAACUGGGAUGUCAGGGGCUGUUUUCGUGUGUUUUCUCCCAAGGUCUGAUGAGGUUCAAAAAUGAAAUCAUUGAAAAAAUGAGAAACCAUCACGUAUCCAAGGAUAUCGACAGAAUGUUAAACUCUAAAUCAAACCCAAGAUAUAGAAAAAUCUGCUCCUUUAAUGCUACCAAACCAGAGGAUUAUCUUCAGUUCAAUGCUCUGAAUUCAAACAAAUUAAGAGCCGCUAGUCAAGUUGCUUUGAUUGUGUUGACUAAUGCCAGAGGUGACCAUCAUCUGGUACCUUUGGGAUUACAGGGGAAGUGGAGCAGGUGGAGUGGCCUUGACCAUGUGCUGCCCUCGAUGACGGUCGGAUGCCCUCUUAAUAAACUGCCCACGGCCGGUUCUCCACUUCCUACUUUCAAGCUUUGGGUCACCCGGACCAACGGUAUCCAGGCACAAACUAUAUUUAGAAAUACUUUUUACGAAAUCACAAACUAG